CUCAGCACCCAGAACCUUUCAGUCUGUUCGAGAAGUUCUCUCUUGAACAUAUCAUCACCCACUCGCUGGCUACCUGUUGUUGUUAUUAUCCUGGUAUCAAAUUUAUUACCACUUUUUCGCCAUGGCCAAGCUCCUCCAUAUCGUCGUCUUAGGCCUGAUUAGCGUGUCAUUCCAAGCCCUUCUGGCAUCCAGUUUCCCCACCGAAUCAUCACCCGUUAUUGUCGACAGAAAUGGCGAAAUCCAUCCCAAUAUUGCACGAUAUUCUCACGAAACCCCGGAACACGACUUGGCCUCUCUGCUCGACAAUAAUCAUGGCGAUUAUGAGGUCGAAGAGGAGGAAGAGGUUGAUUGUCCUUCGCGUCAAUUCUGGCACAUUCGGGGACAACGCUGCGUACCGCUGGUGUGCAUUGGGGGCAACCGAUUUCGAGAUCCGGCCAGUGGAGAAUGCCUUAUUAGAAAGUCAUUUGCCCAGUUUGGAGAUUCCUCUGGGGGAGAGAGAAGCUUGUCGAGAUAUAAUGCCAGAAGAACCCAGUCAAUUGGCAAGGGAAACAAGGGAAGGUUGCGAUUUGGACUGCCUACAAAGGUCAAGGGCUAAAAAAUGAUGCAAGGACUCCACAACUUUCUCCAUCAUCACAUCAUCUAGAAAUUCCGAAAUAGUUUUGGACACAUUACCCUGAAAACUACAUCACCUGACUUAGAAGUUAUGUAUGUAUAUACAAAAUGUAGAUACAAAUUUAUAAAAUUCAGUAGUAAAUACUUUUUUGAAUGUGAUAAGCAUGAAAUAUUAGUAACAAUAAAACGGGGUGUUUACAAAAUA